UUGACAUCAAAAGCAAGUCAACGCUGGUGCUGACCAGACGUCUGCUUUUCUGGCUCCGUCGAGAUCGUUUCAAUAACCAACACAAGCACAACGGGCAAAACAAGUUCUAAAUUUAACGCACGUACGCUUGGGGAAUCUUGAAUUCUUAGUAUAAAAAUUUGUCUCAAAGCUGCAAAGGGAACGUGAAGAGUCGCCAAGAUGGGGGAUAUGUUCCGCAGUGAGCAAAUGGCACUAUGCCAGAUGUUUAUACAACCAGAGGCCGCAUACACCUCCGUCUCGGAGCUGGGUGAAACCGGCUCAGUGCAGUUUCGCGAUUUGAACUGCAAUGUGAACAUCUUCCAACGUAAGUUCGUGACGGAGGUGCGUCGAUGCGAUGAGCUGGAGCGUAAGAUUCGCUACAUCGAGACGGAGAUCAAGAAGGACGGCAUUGCGUUGCCCGAUAUCCAGGAUGACAUUCCGCGUGCUCCCAAUCCACGUGAGAUCAUCGAUCUGGAGGCGCAUUUGGAAAAAACUGAAUCGGAGAUGAUUGAGCUUGCCCAGAACGAGGUGAACAUGAAGUCCAACUACUUGGAGUUGACCGAACUCCGUAAAGUGCUAGAGAACACCCAGGGCUUCUUCUCCGACCAGGAGGUUCUUAAUCUGGAUUCAAGCAAUCGCGGUGGAACUGCAGGCGAUGAACCCACUGCCCAACAUCGUGGCCGAUUGGGAUUUGUUGCAGGUGUAAUCAACCGAGAACGCGUCUUCGGCUUUGAGCGCAUGUUGUGGCGCAUCUCGCGUGGCAACGUGUUUCUAAAGCGCUCCGAUUUGGAUGCACCCCUGAAUGAUCCAGCCACUGGUCAUCCCAUCUAUAAGACCGUCUUUGUGGCCUUCUUCCAGGGUGAGCAGCUGAAGAAUCGCAUCAAGAAGGUGUGCACCGGCUUCCACGCCUCACUUUAUCCGUGUCCCAGCUCGCACAUUGAGCGCGAGGAGAUGGUCAAGAAUGUGCGCACACGUCUUGAGGAUUUGAAACUGGUUCUCAGCCAGACGGAGGAUCAUCGUAGCCGCGUACUGGCCACGGUCUCCAAGAAUCUUCCCUCGUGGUCGAUUAUGGUCAAGAAGAUGAAGGCCAUUUAUCAUACGCUCAAUCUGUUCAACAUGGAUGUGACCAAGAAGUGCCUCAUCGGCGAGUGCUGGGUUCCCACCAAGGACUUGCACAUUGUGCAGAAGGCUCUGUCCGACGGCUCUGCCGCAGUAGGCAGCACCAUUCCGUCGUUCCUCAAUGUCAUCGAUACGAACGAACAACCGCCGACAUUCAAUCGGACCAACAAGUUCACACGUGGCUUCCAGAACCUUAUCGAUGCCUACGGUAUUGCCUCCUACAGGGAGUGCAAUCCAGCCCUGUAUACUUGCAUUACAUUCCCCUUCCUGUUCGCUGUUAUGUUCGGUGAUUUGGGCCAUGGCAUUAUCCUUUUGCUUUUUGGAGCUUGGAUGGUGCUGAGCGAACAAAAACUGGCUCGCAUUAAGAAUGGCGGCGAGAUCUGGAACAUCUUCUUUGGAGGACGCUACAUUAUUCUGCUGAUGGGUCUGUUCUCUUGCUACACGGGUUUCAUCUACAACGAUGUGUUCUCCAAAUCCAUGAAUCUAUUUGGCUCCAGCUGGGUUAACAACUACAAUACAACGACGGUACUGGGAAAUAAGCAUUUGCAGUUCCCUCCAGCUACCUCCGCAAAGAGCGUCUAUCCCCUGGGCUUGGAUCCCAUCUGGCAGCUGGCAGAAAAUAAGAUCAUCUUCCUCAACAGCUUUAAAAUGAAGCUGUCCAUCAUUGUCGGUGUGCUUCAUAUGGUCUUUGGUGUUUGCAUGUCAGUUUGCAACUUCGUGCACUUUAAGAAAUACUCCUCCAUAUUCCUGGAGUUUGUGCCACAAAUUCUGUUCCUGCUGCUGCUCUUCGGUUACAUGGUGUUCAUGAUGUUCUUCAAGUGGUUCAAAUACAGCGCCAGCGCCACACUGCAGGUUGAGACACCUGGCUGUGCUCCAUCCGUGCUGAUUAUGUUCAUCAACAUGAUGCUGUUCAAGAACACAAAACCGUUUGCUGGCUGCGAUGAGUUCAUGUAUGACAGUCAGGAAGGCUUACAAAAGGUUUUUGUGGUCAUUGGUCUCAUCUGCAUUCCUUGGAUGCUGCUGGGCAAGCCCCUUUACAUCAAAUUCACUCGUGGUCGCCGCGUCUCACAUGUCAAGCACAAUGGUGAGCUGACAGGUAACAUGGAGCUGGCCGAGGGAGAGACUCCAUUGCCCACCGGCAACUCUGGUCACGAGCAAACUGGUGGUGCUCACGGUCACGAUGAUGAGCCCAUGAGCGAAAUCUUCAUCCAUCAAGGUAUUCAUACCAUCGAAUAUGUGCUCAGUACCAUCUCACAUACGGCCUCGUAUCUGCGUCUCUGGGCUCUGUCCUUGGCUCACGCCCAGCUGUCUGAGGUGUUGUGGAACAUGGUGUUGUCGUUGGGCCUGAAGAUGACUGGAGUUUCCGGUGCCAUUGGUCUGUUUAUCAUUUUUGGCGCCUGGUGCUUGUUCACUCUGGCCAUUUUGGUGAUGAUGGAGGGCUUGUCCGCCUUCUUGCACACACUGCGUCUGCACUGGGUGGAGUUCAUGAGCAAAUUCUACGAGGGCCUUGGCUAUGCCUUCCAGCCAUUCAGCUUCAAGGCCAUUAUCGAUGGCGAGGAAGAGGAAUAAUUUGCUCAGCAAAUUCAACAAAUAUAUAAAAUGAAUAUAUGUACGAGCUCGUUUAUUAUGGUUUUUAUUUUCCGUUUUUGUUAAAUAAUUUUGUUUAUUUUCACGACACUGUCAGUAUUGUGGUGCUCUUCCCACAGAUUCCCUUAUCCGUUGUUCUAAAUACUUACGUUUAUUUUGU